CCAUACACGCACGUCCACGUUUCCCACGAACGUAAACAGUUCUUUUUAAAUACAACCGUCUUCUGAUCCAAGAUAAGAAAUGGAUUCGACCCACAGGAAACGCAACUUUUCGAUACAGACAUGCCUGUAGCAGAAGCAAAAUCCAGUUGGGCUGAUGAGGUAGAAGAAGAGGGAGGAGCAUUGCCUCCACCUUCAGAAACUUAUGAAAAUGGAUUCAAAAUCCUUACUGAAUAUAAAUAUAACCAAGAUAAUAAAAAAGUCAAGGUAGUUCGUACAUACAAGAUUGAAAGACGCGUGGUUUCAAAGACAAUUGCUGUACGUAAAAAUUGGGCUAAAUUUGGAGAUUCAGCAGAUGACAGACCUGGACCUAAUCCUGCUACUACAGUUGGUGGUGAAGAUGUUUUCAUGCAAUUCAUUUCCAGUAAAGAAGAAGAGAAUAAAGUUGAAGAGGAUAGUCUUGAUAAAUUGAAGAGUAUGGGAGAUAAAGGUGUAGUGAAAUGCCGUAAUUGUAAUGGAGACCAUUGGACAUCAAAGUGUCCCUACAAAGAUACAGUUCUUGCUGGAGGAAAAGUACCAGAUGAUAAAAAACCGCUUACUACUCCUGGUGCUCCUGGAGCAAUGGCAGAAUUGAAAACUCAAGGUAGCAAAUAUGUACCACCCGGUAUGCGCGAUGGUGCUAAUAAACGCGGCGAUUCAAUGCAAAUGCAAAGGCGGGAUGAUACAACGGCUAUUCGUAUUUCUAAUUUAUCAGAGAGUACUACAGAUGCUGACUUGGAGGAGCUUGUCAAGCCAUUUGGUACUGUUCUUAAAUUUUAUCUUGCUAAAGACAAGCAGACAAAUCUUUGCAAAGGUUUUGCAUAUGUACAUUUUAAAUAUAGACCAGAUGCUGCAAAAGCUAUUGCAACACUUAAUGGUUAUGGUUAUGAUCAUCUUAUUUUGAAUGUAGAUUGGUCAAAGCCACAACAACAAAGUAAUUGAAAUUAUUAAUUAAAAAAUAAUGCCAUCUUUAAUUCAAUCUGAACUGUCUCAUUCGGUAUUAUAUAAAACGAAAAUACAUAUAACAGUUUAAAUAUAAUUUGUAUUCUUAGUAUCUUUUUGAUUAAAAAUAAAUCUCACACUACUGUA